AUGAAUUCUUCAGCUUUAAAAGAAGAGGUAAUUGCACUAAAAAGUAUUUAUGGGGAAAGCCUUGAUAGCUCAGACAAAAACGGACUCCCUUCCCCAGGGAUUAUUUUUAAUGGAGAAGAAAGAUCUCUCAAAUAUUUUUCUGAAUAUCUAGACGGCAUUUUAGAAGUUAAAAUUAGCAUUCCAUUUGGUUACCCCCUAGAAACAUCUUCCUUUUCCAUAUCUUCGUGGUACUUUGACAUUCAUUAUCUAACAUAUUCUGAAGAAUUAUCUCAAUCAAGAAGCAUUUCUCUAACUUCCAAUAUAUUCAGACAGUUGAAGGAAUUGAUUGAAAAAAAAAUCGAAAACAAAUCCCCAGUUUUGUUUGAGUUAAUUGAAACUUUAACUUCUUGUAAUAUCGAUCCCGAACAAUACAGAGGUAAAAUAAGUAAUAAAGAACAAAAUAUCGAAAUUGAGAACCAUUUUGAUUCUUUCGACGGAGACAAAAUUUUUGGCAUUGCACAUGGGGAGCCUAUUAUCGAUAGAAAAAGUGUUUUUCAAGCUCAUGCCUGUAAAGUAGAAACAGUUGAACAAGUUAAUAAGGUUAUUAAAUGGUUACUUUCGAAUCCAAAAAUUGCUAAAGCAACACAUAAUAUCUGGUCAUACAGACUAUUCAAAGAGAAAAAUCAUGCAACUUUAUCUGAAGGAUCUUUCCCAAUAGGAUACGAUAUCAUUUCACAAGAUCAUGAUUCUGAUGGAGAAAAUGCAGCGGGAAGCAGACUCCAACAUCUUCUAGGGAUUAUUAAUGCCAAAAAUGUAUUCGUCAUGGUGUCUAGAUGGUAUGGAGGUAUUCAACUUGGGCCAGACAGAUUUAGGCAUAUUAACAAUGCUGCGAGACUGAUCUUGGAGAAAUCUGGUUUGAUAACUAAGACGGAAAGCUUUAAACUACAAUCAUCCAAUAAAAGACAGAAAAAUGGACUUUAG